AUGUCUUUGAAACGUCUCCUCGCCGUCGCCGCGACUGCUGCUUCUCUGGGAGGAGUCUAUGCCAAACUCGAUCUUUCGUCGCCUUCGAAUGUCGCUGUAUACUGGGGUCAGAAUUCCUUUCGGGGGACUGGGAAUUUAGCACAACAGCGUCUCUCAUAUUACUGUGAUGCUACGCCAGAUCCUAAAAUAGACAUACUUGAACUUGCGUUUCUCACGAAAAUCAACGGCGAAGCUGGCGUUCCUGAGAUCGACUUCUCCAAUGCAAACGAUAACUGCACGACUUUCAAAGACACGAAUCUGAAGAAAUGUCCUCAAAUUGGGGAGGAUAUCGCAACCUGCCAGAAGAAAGGCAAGACGGUACUUCUGUCCAUCGGCGGAGCAACAUACAGCGAAGGAGGCUUCAACUCCGACUCUACUGCAAAGGCCGGCGCAGAGCUUGUCUGGCAGACAUUCGGGCCCCCUUCUAUCAACUCGACGGCCCGUCGGCCGUUCGGGAAUGCCACCGUAGACGGAUUCGACUUCGAUUUCGAGGCCGCCGUCACCAACAUGGCUCCCUUCGCGAGCCGGCUUCGCGAGCUCAUGGAUGCCGACCACAGCAGACAAUAUUUCUUGACAGCUGCACCGCAAUGCCCGUAUCCGGAUGCAGCGGAUAAGGAUAUCCUGAACGGCCCGGUUUCAAUUGAUGCCAUCUUCGUCCAGUUCUAUAACAACUGGUGCGGCUUGAACUCUUUUGAGGCCGGGGCCAGCCAGCAAAACAACUUCAAUUUCGACACCUGGGAUAACUGGGCCAAGACGGUCUCGCAGAAUAAGCAGGCCAAGGUCUUCCUCGGUGUGCCUGCGAACACCGGGGCGGCGGGGUCGGGUUAUGUGUCCUCCAAGGACCUGGGGCCGAUUAUCGAGUACAGCAAGAAGUUUGGUAGCUUUGGCGGCGUUAUGAUGUGGGACGUCACGCAGGCGUACGGUAACAAGGGCUUUCUUGAUGAUGUUGUCGAAGCAUUGGGGAAGACUGCGUCUCGUGUUCGUCGGUCGUUGAACUAUCGACCAUAUGGCUGGUUCUGA